GGAGACUUCUGGCGUCUUCCCCUGUGGCCGCUCCCUGCCUUAAAAGCCAGCCUUGGACACCUGCUGCCUGUUCCCAGCCUGGAUUCUAGGAUCCCUUUCCUUUGAGUCAACACCCGGAGCCUGCCUUCAAAAUCAGCACUAGGUUCUUUCCCUUGGGUACCUGGUGUGUCCCCUCCAGGGGCCCCCAUCCUGGGCCAUGGCCCAGAGGGCGGGCCUGGGGCCUGGGCAGCUGGAGGCUGUGGCCAUUCUGCUCUGUCUUGGACUAUUCUGGUCGGGAACAGGAACAGAAGGGACUGAAGCCCUCUGCGGUGUGGCCUCCCAAGCACGCAUCACAGGUGGGAGCAGUGCAGUCCCUGGUCAGUGGCCCUGGCAGGUCAGCAUCACCUACGAAGGCAUCCAUGUGUGUGGCGGUUCUCUCGUGUCUAAGCAGUGGGUACUGUCAGCUGCUCACUGCUUCCCCAGGGAGCACCGCAAGGAAGACUACGAGGUAAAGCUGGGGGCCCACCAGCUGGACUCCUACUCCCAAGAUACCCACUUCAGCACUGUGGCGCAAGUCAUCUCCCAUCCCAGUUACCGCCAGGAGGGCUCUCAAGGCGACAUCGCCCUCCUCCGCCUCAGCAGCCCUGUCCCCUUCUCCCGCUACAUCCGGCCCAUCUGCCUUCCUGCAGCCAACGCAUCCUUCCCCAAUGGCCUCCAAUGUACUGUCACUGGAUGGGGCCAUGUGGCCCCCUCAGUGAGCCUCCUGACCCCCAGGCCACUGCAGCAACUUGAGGUGCCACUGAUCAGCCGUGAGACGUGCAACUGCCUGUAUAGCAUCAACGCCAAGCCUGAUGAACCCCACUUCAUCCAGCAGGACAUGUUGUGUGCUGGCUACGUGAAGGGCGGCAAGGACGCCUGCCAGGGUGACUCUGGGGGCCCACUCUCCUGCCCUGUGGAGGGGCUCUGGUUCCUGGCAGGCAUCGUGAGCUGGGGUGAUGCCUGUGGGGCCCCCAACAGGCCUGGUGUAUACACUCUGACCUCUAGCUAUGCCUCCUGGAUCCACCACCACGUGGCAGAACUCCAUCCUCGUGUGGUACCCCAAAUCCAGGAGUCCCAACCUGAUGGCAACCUCUGCCGCCACCACCUGGCCUUCAACUCUGCUCCAGCCCAGGGCUUGCUAGGGCCCAUCCUGCUGCUGCCUCUGGGCCUGACCUUGGGCCUCCUCGGCCCAUGGCAUGAGAACUGA